UCUUGUAUACCCAAGAGAACCAACACCAUCAGCCAUUUGUUUCUUCUUCUCGAGUCUGGUCGGACGGCGAGACUGUUUUUUGCAUCAGUCUCGUACGUCCAUGUCACCAGUAAACAAGACUACCCUGAGAGUUUUAAAUUUUGGAAGGUGUUUGCAACACAGCUAUCGAUAGUGAUUUAAUUGUUUAUCAACUGUGUUUCGUACGUAUUAAUAGGGAAACAUAUUUCAUGUCAUUGUAUCAGGCCAAAACGAUGCAAAUUCUCUUCAAACUCAACUGUGUCAUCCUUUUUGCAACUUCGUUGGUUUUGUUGCCCACUCUGUUGGCGGCUUCGUUAUGGAAAACGCAUGUGAGACAGAGAAACGGUCAAGCUGCAAACGACGUCGCAAAUACAAGGGACGAUUACUACGCUGAACAGCAAAAUCAAGUCGUUUAUCUUGACGACAUUGUCGACAAUUCACACGCAGAACUGAAAGUGAAACACAAAGAAUCGUACGUGAAACCGAGCCGAUAUGGCAGCAGCGCCUACCAGCAAUCGGUUGCCGACACGAGUCAACACCACGCCGAUUACGCGUCGGAUGUCGAUUAUACGCCUACGAUAGCGAUCCGUAUUACUAUGGUGAUAAGCCUAAUUGUGACGAAGAAGAGCAAGGCCAGCAUCAUUUUAGGCUCGAUUGGAUUAGCUCUAAGCAAAUUAGGAUUAAUUUCAUUUUCUUCAAUUGCUACUUCGACCGACACGACCACCACAUCUACCACGUCGACCACAUCGACGACGACGCCAUCGACCACGACCCCAACGACGACCACACCAACGACGACGACACCAACGACGACGACAACUACAUCUACGACGACGACCACAACGACUACGACGACGACCACAACGACAAUGAUGCCAAUGACGUGUGCAACUCAAGUAUCAGAUGCCACGGGAUCGUAUAAAACGAUUCGAACUCCAGGCACUCAGGUGGAACAGUGUCUCUCCAUCACCGUAGCUACGGGCAGCCGAAUUCAAAUGACCUGCACUUCCAUCAACGUCUCCACUGGCACUUACGUCACCAUCUUGGAUCAAUCCGGUACGAGCAUCGUUGCGAAUCCACCCAUCUUAAACACAGCGUACACCACAGCGGACAACACGUUGAUUAUCAAAUCGCUCGCCAGCAGUGCCAACGCCGAUCAGCUGUGCUGCGAUUGGGUUACAGUUUGA